UUACAGUGAUGUUGGCAACAAAUUGCCUUGGCUCGUCAACUGCUAUUGGACCAUUUAUACGUUGUUUGUGAUCGAAAUACGUGGUUAAUCUUCGCCAGUUUACGUUCAUAGUCUCAUUACAUCGUCCUCAAUUCUGAAUCAGUCAGAGACAGCAUCAAUAGAUAAAUGUGGCAAGCAGUACUGUACAAUGCGUGGCAUUGCCUCUUCUUCUUCCUAGUCAGACCUAUGUUCAAAUGGGUAGUCCGUAAAGUUAGCGGUCGGUGUGAAUUGUUAAGGAUUACCUACAAUGAACCUGUUGGAGCAUCCAGAACCCAUAAUAUAGAAACCUCCCUACAGUUGUCCAAAACUCCUGUGAUAAGAAGUCUUGCAUUUGAUGAAAGAUUCAAUGUAGACGAAGCUGUGGAAAAUGUCCAGAAUUUCAAAGAUAUAAAACCAGAAGUACAUGCCAACUUUGGUCUGUUCUUCAAGGCAUGCCUGCUUCAGAUAUCUGGCUACAAGCAGCUGAUCAGUGAUGUGGAGUCCAUGAGGAAGAUGCCCUACUCUGAAGAGAACGAGGAACAUGAAGAAAUGCUAAUGAAAUUAUGGACUGGUCUGAUGCCUGACACACAACUCGAAUCUCGCAUUUCCAAGCAAUGGGGUGAUAUUGGAUUCCAAGGAGAUGACCCUAAAACAGACUUCAGGGGAAUGGGCAUGUUAGGCCUUAACAAUCUCUUGUACUUCACCACCAACCAUAAUGACCUAGCACGUCAAGCUCUUUCACAUUCCCAGCAUCCACAGUAUGGAUACUCCUUUGCUAUCGUCGGCAUCAACUUGACGAGUGUGGCCCAUAUACUACUCGUUGCAAACCAUCUGAAAACGCAUUUCUACAAUGUAGUCAAUGACAGGCCACACCUUGAGCAUUUCCAUGGAGUCUAUAGUUACCUGUUUGUGGAGUUUGACAAGUAUUGGUUGGAGGAGAAGCCAGGGAUUAUGGAGUUCAACACAUACAAAGAUCGCUUCAUGAGCAAGAUGAUAAAGCAAUUGAGGAAUCCAGCUACAGUUUUACAACUAAAGUCCAAAACUAGAAACUGAAACUUUCCUCUGUGAAAAUUAAGAGCACUGCAAAAAAAUAGUCUCUAUAGAAAUCGAAGAUUUUUCUCUCCAAGUUGGUUUACCUCAGCUUUAGGCUUUGUUGAAUAUGUGACAUUUGUUGUUAAGUUUUUAAAAACCAGACCUUUCAGCAUGAACAAGGGGUACACAGCUGUUCUAAUCUCAAUCUUGGUCUUCAGAUUCAGCCAUUGGUGAUUUGGCAUCAGUGCUUUGAAAAUGUUAUGGAAAUGUAGGUUGCAUGUCUAGGUGCUUUUACUCAUAUGUUUGCUGCAUAUAAUGUGCUCCUGAAAUUUGCAAUAUAUUCAAACUAUGAAAAAAUUAAGAUUUUUGUGAUCUGCUAAACUCUCCUUCCCCAUCUGCACAUAAUAUCAAUUGAUAUACACAUUGCUGAGAUGUGGGUGCUUUUUACAAAUUUGUGAACUUUUUCUAAUUUUUGAACUUUUUGGAACAAGGGUACACCAUCAAUUUUGUAAGGUAACUUUUCUAUGAAUUCUUUGAUAAAGCAUUCUUCUUUCUAUGAAUUGUAAAUUCUCCCAAACUCUUCAUCAUGUUUCCUCUAAAGUUUGUCUUCAAGAAUGAAUUCUUUCUGCUGAUCUCUAGACUUCGAGCUUCUGCACUAAUAACUGAAGUAAUGCCUUUUAUACCAACAAAAUGUGAAAUACACUCACUAUAUCAUGAUGUUGUUUAAUAGGUAAGCUAACUCGCCAAUUCACAGAGUUGACAUAGUUCACCUGCAAUAUUUGUUAAAAGAUUGAAUAAAUAUUUCUCUUACUAUUUA